UGUGGUUGGAGCUAGGACCAGGUAAACCUCACCCUCGUAACAAAUUUUCAAAAGAAAACCAGAGAAAACGUUGGAUGGUUGUGGCAUGCAGCAGAUAGCAGUCGAUCGAUCGAUCGGCUUUCAGUAGCACAAUUUGAGGGGAGGAUGCCAAGAAUGGCGCGGGAUCUUAUCAGUCCACACCUGCACUCGUCACCUCCCACUUCCUCCUCCACUUGCACUCGCGCUACGUCCGCUCGUUCCGCCGUCUCCGGCCACCCGCGUGCUCCAUGGGCGGCUACACGCCGGAGGGCGGCGGCGGCCGUGCCGCCCGCCCCGGACGGUACCCUCCCCUCGCCUCCCUCGUCGUCUCCACCAUCGCCGCCUUCUCCGCCGUCAUCGUCAUCGCCGUCCUCCACUCGGCGUACGACGACGCGCUGUCCCGGACGCGGACGCUGCUGGGGCACAACCUGGAGCCGACGCCGUGGCACCCGUUCCCGCACGACAAGGGCCGCCCGCCGCCGCGCGCCGCGCUGCGGUGCGCCUCCUACCUCUCCUGCCUGCCGCCGCUCUCGCAGCCGAAGCCGGCGGCGGCGGUGGCGGCCAACGCGUCGAGGCCGCGGCGGUGCCCGUCCUACUUCGCCGCCAUCCGCCGCGACCUGGCGCCCUGGCGGCGCCGCGACGGCGGCGGCGGCGGCAUCACGCGCGCGCUCGUCGAGUCGGGCCGCCACCGCGCGUCCAUGCGCGUCACCAUCACGGGCGGCGGGACGCGGCUGCACGUGGACCUCUACUACGCCUGCGUCCAGAGCCGCGCGCUCUUCACGGUGUGGAGCCUGCUGCAGCUCAUGCGGCGCUACCCCGGCCGCGUCCCGGACGUGGACCUCAUGUUCGACUGCAUGGACCGGCCGGCCAUCAACCGCACCGAGCACACCGGCGAGGGCGCGCCGCCGCCGCCUCCCCUGUUCCGGUACUGCACCACCCGCGACCACUUUGACAUCCCGUUCCCGGACUGGUCCUUCUGGGGCUGGCCGGAGACGCACAUCGAGCCGUGGACCCGGGAGUUCAGGAGCAUCAAGCAGGGCUCCAGGCGGGUGCGCUGGCCGGACAGGGUGCCCACGGCGUACUGGAAGGGCAACCCCGACGUGGCGUCGCCCCUCCGCCUCGCGCUGCUCGCCUGCAACGACACCAACCUGUGGCGAGCCGAGAUCAUGCGCCAAAACUGGGAGGAGGAGGCCAAGUCCGGGUACCAGAACUCCAAGCUCUCCAGCCAGUGCACGCACCGGUACAAGAUCUACGCGGAGGGGUUCGCGUGGUCGGUGAGCCUCAAGUACAUCCUGUCGUGCGGGUCCAUGGCGCUGCUGAUCGACCCGCUGUACCAGGACUUCUUCAGCCGGGGGCUGGAGCCGCGGGUGAACCACUGGCCGGUGAGCACGGUGGGGACGUGCGAGUCCAUCCGGGACGCCGUGGAGUGGGGCAACGCGCACCCGGAGGAGGCGGAGCGGGUCGGGAAGCGCGGGCAGCGGCUCAUGCAGGAGCUGGGCAUGGACACCGUCUACGACUACAUGCUGCACCUGCUCACCGAGUACGCCGCGCUGCUCGACUUCCGGCCGGCGCCGCCGCACUCGUCCCAAGAGGCCUGCGCCGGCUCCGUGCUCUGCCUCGCCGACGACCACCAGAGGAGGUUCCUGGAGGCGUCCGCCGCGUACCCCGCCACCGCCGGGCCGUGCUCCAUGCCGCCGUCCGACGGCUGAUGAUCAAAGCAAAUUAAGCCGCACGUAAGGAGAUUCGGAUCAAUGCGGAGUGAAGGUUGAGCAUCCGUGCGUCCAGGGUAAAGGUGCAUGCGAUGCGCAAUGGAUUGACUUGUAGUCGUAGCCAUUAUCAAGGAUGAUGAUACGCUCGUGGGCGCGGCUGAUUUGGAAGCCUUCAUUGACUGAGAGUGAGAGGGGAUGGGUCAGAAUGGGGCCGGGUAGCGGUAGAGGGAUGGAUACUAGUGUAGUUCUAAUCUGGGCACGUCACAGUUUUGAUGCGGAUUAGUCUCUAAUAAAAGUGUGAAUGCUUUGUGUUUUCUGCACAAGGUGAUUUGAUUUA